GUGUAUAUAUAAUUGAGCAGCCAGAAGCGUGUUAUGUUACUCUCUGGAUAUACAGCAACCAAGCAACACAUCUUUCUCUAAUCCAGGCAUUUGCCGAGGACUUUCAAACUUGAACUUGUUUGUGCUUUUUAUUCUCACGGAAUUUGAGAACAGCCAAAAUUAUCUUUAAACCAUACAGGUUACUUUUGUCACUCAGACUCGUCCCAAGACUCUAAACCGAAUUCAACAUGGCCGUGGAAGGAUGUGGAAAAUGUGUGAAAUACCUUGUAUUUCUCUUCAACCUUUUGUUUUUUAUCUCCGGCUGCGCCAUUCUGGCCCUCGGUAUCGUUCUCCACGUUCGUGAAGGCGGUUACGCAACGCUUCUCCCCACCCUCCCGUUCCUGAACGCAGCCAACAUCUGCAUUGCGGCCGGCCUCAUCGUCAUGUUUGUCGCCUUCUUGGGAUGCUGCGGAGCGAUCAAAGAGAAUGCCUGCAUGCUGCUCCUGUUCUUCUGUUUCCUGCUGCUGAUCUUCGUUCUGGAGAUCGUUGCUGGUAUCGUUGGCUUCAUCUACAGGGCACAGGUGGAGAAGGCAGUGACUGACGAUUUGAUCAAGGGGCUAGAGGGGUACGGACAGGAGGGUCAGGACGGACUCACAAGCGCUUGGGACCGCCUGCAAUCCGAUCUGAUGUGCUGUGGCGUUAACGGCUCUCUAGACUGGGGUCAAAGCUCCCCAAUGUUCACUGAAAACCAGACUCCCGAUUCCUGUUGUACGGUGCAAGAAGACGGCUGUGGUAAAAACACAGCCUCCAAGAAAUACAUGGACGGUUGCAAGAAAAAACUCAUCACCAGUCUGGAAGAUCGCAUUUAUUACAUUGCAGCUGGUGGCCUCGCCAUUGGGGUGUUCCAGAUUCUCGGCAUGAUCUUCUCGAUGGUUCUGUACACUGGGAUUAAGCGUGGCAGCUACGCAUAAAAAGUAGCACAGUUACACUUUUGCAGGAUGGGUCCGAAACCAGACGUGUAUUGUUUGAAAAUCAUUAUGUUGAAAAA